AUGUUGACAUCUUCCUUACUGCUAUUAGCAUCGCUCAGCACUGGCCUGGUACAUGCCCAGCUAACACUGGAGGACCUGUAUCUUGACAAUGCGCCGUCCUCGCCUCAAUCAUACGUCAUCCCUCACUAUGCGAACUCUCAUGCACUAUAUAGAUUCACCGUAACCGGGCCCUCAUCCGGGAAUGUUUUCACUUUGAUGAACACCAAUGCCCCUUCUAGCGGUUCAUUGGGCGUGCUCCCGCAUAUUCACCGUAAGCAUUAUGAGAAUUUCUUCUCGUUCAAGGGCCGCUUCCAGCUCUGGGCUCAGAAAGGUGAUAAUGAGCAGCAAGCUCGUGUCCUCACACGGGGAGACUAUGGAUCUGUGACGAGGAACACCACGCACACCUUCCAAAUUCUCGAUCCUGACACCGAGAUGGUUGGUGUGAUUGUUCCCGGUGGCUUUGAGGAUCUCUUCUAUGCCCUCGGCACAAACUAUACCUCUGGAACAGACACUCCUUACGUCCCUCAAUCCACCAACAGUUCUCCCACAACUGGCCCAGGUGCUUCCACAAUCUCUGCCCUACAGAAAUACGACAUAUACGCCGAACUCGACUUCAAACCCCGGCGUGAUCUAGUCAACGGCACUGCUCCCAUCGGUGACAGUGAAUGGCACACUGGUGCCCAUAAACUCGGUACCCCAGGCCAGCCGUACUUAAUCGCAAACAGCUACGGACCAAUGUAUCUCAACUCCCAGCAUGGGUAUCAGAUCGUCCAGCCACUGGUAUCCCCAAAGCAAGCCCAGGAUAAGAACUAUACUCUCUUGACCCUGACUAUCAGCUGGCAGACCAAAAGUAACCCACGCCGGUGGGUUCUCGCUGGCGCGGCUGCUUUUGAGGUCCUCGAGGGCGUGUUGUCGAUCAAGAUUGGUGAUUUAUCCCGUUAUGCAAUUGAACAUGGUGAAGUUGCCUUUACCAAGUUUCUCUAUGUUAGCAGUGGCACCAAGGGUGUGGAUCAGCAGUUGAUUAGAAGUGGUAAGAGUUGGAACUUUGUUACUUUCCCAAAGUAUUGA